AUGGCGACGCCUCCCAAAUUCCCCAGCACUCUUGAGCGAGUCACCAGUGUCACGAACCGAGUCUUCUCUCACUCCCUCCCAGAUCCUUCGCCCAUCGCUCAGGCCUCACUUGCCCGAGACAUCGAGGAGGACACGGACGAAGAAGCCGCAGAUUCAGAGUCCGACUCAGAAAGCUCCACGUUGCGUCCAUCCACAUCUGCUCCUGGAGGAGGAGGAUUCUCGUUUGUCGGAUCAUACCGCAGACCGAGCUUUGCUGGGGCGGGAAACAGAGCCACUCUCCUUCCCCAUCUUACGGCAGACCAUGAGCGUCUCUCCAGGGAAGAGAGACAACAGGCAAUGGAGGAGGAGCGGUCUCUUUUGAGAGACAACAAUCUCAUCCCACCCAAACACCCUCAGGCGCCCGGCCAGAUCAGUCGCAAAAGAAGCAUUUUCCACAUACCUGGCGGCGACCGGAAAGUCUCUCGGGAUGAAGAAGCUGCCCCAGCAGUAGAGGUCAACGUGGGCCUUGCGACCGAAGUCUCGCCUUUGCUAGGUAGCCCGAGCCUCCCCUAUGGCGGACAUGAUGACGCCCAGACCAUCAAUCAGAAGUGGGAGGAAGCAGUGGCAGCAGGCAUGAUCCAUACAACUUGGCAACGUGAAACAAAGGUCAUUGCUCGCUACUCUGCUCCCUUGAUGGUGACCUUUAUCCUCCAAUACUCACUUACCGUCGCGAGUAUUUUCACAGUCGGACAUAUCGGCACAGUCGAACUGGGAGCAGUGAGCCUGGCAUCCAUGUCCGCCAACAUCACCGGCUACGCCAUCUAUCAAGGCCUAGCCACGUCUCUCGACACUCUUUGCGCACAAGCCUACGGAUCCGGCCGCAAGAAACUGGUCGGCUUGCAAAUGCAGCGCAUGAUCUACUUCUUAUGGACAAUCACCAUACCAAUUGCCAUUAUAUGGGUCCUCGCAGACAAGAUUCUCAUCGCGCUGGUCCCCGAACCUGAGGUCGCCAAGCUCGCCGGCCUGUAUCUGAAGGUCGUCCUUUUUGGUGCUCCUGGCUACGCAGCCUUCGAGUCCGGGAAACGCUUCGUCCAGGCACAGGGGCUCUUCUCAGCUUCCCUCUAUGUGCUCAUCUUCUGCGCGCCUCUCAACGCGUUCAUGAAUUGGCUGUUCGUGUGGAAGUUGAAUUGGGGAUUCGUGGGCGCCCCCAUCGCCGUUGCCAUCACGGAUAAUCUACUCCCGCUAGGUCUCUUUAUCUACGUCCGUUUCUUCUCCAAAACCGGAAUGUCAUGCUGGAACGGAUUCACCAAAAAGGCGUUCCAAAACUGGGCCCCAAUGAUCAAACUCGCCUUACCAGGUGUGGUGAUGAUUGAGGCCGAAGUUCUCGCGUUUGAAAUUUUGACAUUUGCAGCCUCAUAUUUCGGCACGACUGUCCUCGCCGCACAGUCCGUUCUCGCAACGCUCACAUCUCUUACCUUCCAGAUCCCCUUCCCGCUUUCCAUCGCGGGCUCAACGCGUGUUGCAAACCUGAUCGGUGCCACGUUGGCAGAUGCCGCCAAAGUGUCCACCCGAGUAACCUUCUCGGCCGCGGUGGUCGUCGGCAUCCUCAACGUCACCCUCCUCUCCGCCCUGAAAGACUACAUCCCGCACCUCUUCACCUCCGACCCCGACGUGGUCCGCAUCGUAAGCAACAUCCUCCCACUGUGCGCGGCCUUCCAACUCUUCGAUGCUCUCGCCGCAGCCUGCAACGGCAUCCUCCGCGGCCUGGGUCGGCAAGAAUUCGGCGGGUACGUGCAGCUGUUCUGCUACUAUGCCUUUGCGAUGCCCAUCAGCUUCGGCACGGCGUUUGGUGCCGGCUGGGGCCUUUGGGGGCUGUGGACCGGCGUGGCCCUCGCGCUGGGCCUGGUCGCCUUGAUCGAGUUCAUAUAUCUGGCAAGGACGGACUGGGAAAGGAGCGUCGAGGAAGCGCGGGCCCGGAAUCUAGAAGGCGGUCUGUAA